AUGCGCUCUUUCUUAUCCACAAGCCUUAAUCCAGAGACAGCACUCUCCUUCAUUCACACUGUCUCGAAUGAUAUGGAGAAAGUACUGUUUGUGGUCGAAGCUGAUACUCGUCUGCAGACAGCUCCAUUUGCACCCCUCUCACAUAUGAGUUAUUUUCCAGGUGAAAAUGAAGUAUUAUUCAUGCUCGGUGCUGUGUUUCGAAUUGAGAAAGUAGAUCGUGAUGGUGAUGUGUGGAUGGUGAAGUUGGUGUUAUGCACUCAAGAUGAUGAGGAGAUGAAGCAACUGAUGGAUCAUAUGAAGAAGGACAUUGGAGAAGGUGAGGCGACAUUCUAUUCACUUGGACAUUUGUUGCUGUAUAUGGGUGAGUAUGAGAAGGCUGAGACAUGUAUUCAACGACGAUUUGUUGAACUGUCACAGAAUGAUCCAGAAGAGGCACGAUGUUAUCAUCUACGUGGCGAAAUUGCUAAUGCCAAAGGCGAUUACACAUUGGCUCUUGAACAUCACAACAGAUCACUCACCCUCUAUCUCCACACACUAGCACCAGACCAUACAAAUAUUGGGUAUAGUUACAACAGCAUUGGUGGGGUUUAUGCGAAGAUGGGCGAUAAUGAAUCAGCACUGCAGAACUAUGAGAAAGCCUUGUCAAUAUGGUUGAAGUGCUAUGGUGAAAAUUAUGAAUCUGUUGCUGGUAUCUACAACAACAUGGGAAACAUCUACAUGAAUGAAAACAAGUUUGAUUUAGCAAUCACUAACUACACGAGGUCACUAGAGAUAAAGAAGAAGGUUCUUCCUGCCAAUCACCCACGUGUAGGUCAAUCAUAUAUGAACAUCGGUAGUGUUUAUUAUCAGAAAGGCGAAUAUGAUAUGGCUUUGUCGAACUAUGAAAAGUCAUUGAGAAUAAUGACAAACUCUCUUCCACCCACUCAUCCUUCUAUCGCUAACACAUACAGGGGUAUUGGUCUUGUGCAUGAAGCCACAAACAAGAAUCAGCUGGCACUCGAGUACUUUCAGAAAGCAGCCACAAUUAGCAGCCAUUCACUUCUAUCCACUCAUCAAGAUGUUGUCACAAGUGAAGAUGACAUUCGACGAAUCAAAGCAAAAUUGAAGUAUGUUGAGUAG